AUGCUUUUAAUGAAACCCGAAUCCUACAACGUUAAAAGAGGAUUGUUUGGCCUUAAACCAUUUUGGGUUACCAGAUACAGAGAUCAUGAGUUGUAUGCUGCUGGUGAAUUUACCAAUCAGAGUCAAAAUGAUACUGGGUUAGGAGUUUGGGCCAACAAUGAUGAUAAGGUUAACAACGACGACUGUGUCCUUUGGCAUUCGUUUUCUUUGACCCAUAUUCCACGUCCGGAAGAUUUUCCAGUUAUGCCUUGCGAUAUGCUUUCCCUUGAAUUAAAGCCAUCAGGGUUCUUCGAGAAAAACCCUGCAUUGGAUGUUCCUAGGUUAGAGCAGUCACAUAACAAGUCUAUUUUGUUUAAGAAUUCAUGCUGUAAAAUGUGA